AUGGCAUAUUUUCAAAACACAGAUUAUGAUUUCAAAAAAUUUGGCCAAUCAGCUACAAUUCCAGAUGCGGAUAUUGCUAAAGUAAUGUAUUACUUGGAUUGUGUAUGUACUGUAAUCGAUUAUAAUGAUAACGAUAUUCGACGAUAUCGAAAUUAUUCUAAUUGGAUGAAUAUGACAGAUGAAGAAGAUAGACUUAUCUUUUUUCUUGCUCUAGCACUUUCACCAGAUGAAUUCGAUGAUAGAGUUUUCUUUAACAAUGUUAGACUUUGCCAGGGAAGUGGCAAUCAAUUCUAUGAAAUUGGUCAGGUCAAAAAUCAAUUACUUGUUGUUCAAUCAGUUUUAAUCGGUGGUCGAUCACGUCAGGUGAAAAGAAUUAUGGCAUAUACUAGUGGAUGGAUGCAAAGAAAUUACUAUCAACCAAUGCAAGCCCUUGCUUAUCGAUUUAGUCCACAAGGACAAAGAGAAGAAGCUGUACGACGGGCUGUCAUUUCUCAAAGCUGUACUAUUUCUUGA